CUUAAACGCAAAGGAACAGGCCAAAGACGGGCGAAACAAAAGAGAAGGAGAAACGGCAGAUGAAUCAGCUGCCGGGUGUCCGAUGUUUCCUCAACUUCCUCUUUCCGCCGGGAUCUUCUCGGUGCAGGAACCCCGCUGUGGCGGAUGCGCCCUACCACGGUGCUCAAGUGGUGUUUGGCGGCAUUGGCGCACCUGCUUGCCGGAGGGGAUGGACCCCGCAGCAAUUAACCUUAAGACGACGGGACGCUCUUUCCAGGACGGCAGAGGGCGAGCAGAUACGAAUAUUCGUAAGGUACGUACGGAGUAGAUACCUACGAACAACUUCAUGGAAUGGAAGGCACUCUGAAGACAACAAGAUAUGUACCAGGAAUGACCUUAGGACUCACAGUUUCUCUUCUCAUUUCAGAAACCUCGAGCAAUCAGGAUGGGAAAGGGUGCAGCAAAUGGAAAAUGAUGCAUAUCAACAAUCUUCAUUCCAUCCGAGCCCCGAAUGUCUGCGCCAGUUCAGUUGGUGACUUUGCCGGUGGGACAGUCUUCAAGUCGCCGGCUUACGCAAUGACUGGCUGGUUGGUGUGUUGCAGCGGAGGGGACCCAACCAACUCGAACGUAACUUUGAUGCGGGUGGACGAACCUCUUCAUGAUUACUUGCCAGCCUAAGGUAUUACCUACCCAGGAAGGUAAGGCAUCCCAACUGACCGAUCCCUUAGGCUGUUGGGAACUGGCAACAAAGAGACACGAAACCGAGCGCUCGGGUAUUGUGCGUUUUGCAGCUUCCAAACAGGUCGACCAGGUC